ACAAGACCCUCUCGACGAGCUUGAGCACGCCUGGAUUGUGCACCCUUCGGCGGUGUGGAGAUGGAGAGCAUCACGUCCAACGAAGUCGCAGGAUUCGCAGUGGGUGCUUUGCUGCUCGCCGCUGCGCUCGCAACCCCGAAGGUCGACGCCUUCAUAGCCAGGGAGCAGCGCAGGGACUUGAAAUUGUGUAUGGAAUGUGGGGGCGUGACGAGAAUUCCUUGCGCGCGGUGCAAAGCUCGCGGUACCAUCAACCAGAAUAUAUUUUCGUUCGACGACUCUAACAAGCCCACCACAUGCCCGGCUUGUAGAGGCAGAGGCAAUUUUCCAUGUCCUUCUUGCUGCGGGAAUAAACCUGGUUCCUCUUCCUCCUCGUAAAUUGUAAGUUUUAUCGCUUGUGAUGUAUGUCGAUGGAGCUCACGGUUGUGUUUC